ACUGCUGUACAAAGCAAGGUCAUGUUGUCAGUGUUUACGAGGAAUGGAUCAGAGACUCCUGAGCCUCUACAAGCGAAAAUAACAGGGUCUGUUCCUGACUGGUUGCAAGGGACACUUGUUCGCAAUGGCCCUGGACUAUUCACAAUUGGAGAUACCUCUUACAAGCACUGGUUUGAUGGCAUGGCUCUUCUCCACAGCUUUACAUUCAAAGGCGGCGAUGUCUACUACAGGAGCAAAUUUCUCAAUAGUGAGACGUAUAAAAAGAACAUAGGUGCCAACAGGAUUGUUGUAUCCGAAUUUGGGACUAUGGUACUUCCUGAUCCAUGCAAAAACAUAUUUUCAAGGACUUUCACCUACCUCAGGAAUGCCAUCCCUGAUUUCACAGACAAUGGCCUUGUGAACAUUAUAAAAUAUGGAGAGGACUAUUAUGCUGCAUCUGAAAUCAACUAUAUCAGCAAGGUUGACCCACACACUCUGGACACUAAGGGGCGAAGUGAUUACAGGAAUCAUAUUGCCCUGAAUUUGGCAACAGCACAUCCUCACUAUGACGAUGAGGGGAACACCUACAACAUGGGCACCGCAGUCAUGUACGGCAUCCCCAAAUACGUGAUAUUCAAAGUCCCAGCAGAUGCAUCAGGUGUGGAUCACAGCCAACCACCCUUGGACAAACUGGAGAAGGUGUGCGAAAUUUCCUGUCGAUCAAAGCUGCAUCCAAGUUACUUCCACAGCUUUGGAAUGACAGAGAAUUACAUCGUGUUUGUGGAGCAAGCCUUCAAGCUGGACAUCAUCAAACUCGCCACAGCCUACUUCAGAGGGGUCAACUGGGGAAGCUGUCUCAAAUAUGACAAAGAUGAUGUGACACUUAUCCAUCUGAUUGACCGGAAGACGGGGAAAGCGGUGUCCACAAAGUUCUACGGAGAUCCGUUUGUUGUGUUCCACCACAUCAACGCCUACGAGGAAGACAACCAUGUUGUCUUUGAUCUCAUCACGUAUAAAGACAGCCAUCUGUACGACAUGUUCUACAUCGAAAACAUGGUCCAAGAUUCAGACAAGUUCACUGAAAGCAACAAGGACUUCUCACCUCCAGUCUGCCAGAGAUUUGUCCUACCCAUCACUGUUGCCAAGAAUACGCCAGAGGGCACAAAUCUGGUGACUUUGGAGGGCACGAAAGCCACAGCAGUGAAACGGAAGGAUGGCUCAGUCUUCUGCAUGCCAGACCCAAUCUUUGUGGGUUUAGAGUUGCCACGCAUCAAUUACAAAUUCAACGCUAAAAAGUACCGAUAUGUCUAUGGCUCGAGGGUGGAGUGGUCCCCACAUCCAACUAAGAUUGCCAAAGUUGACCUUGUCAACAGGACACAUAAGGAGUGGAUAGAAGACGAGUGCUACCCAUCUGAGCCUGUUUUUGUGGCCUCACCCGAUGCUGUGGAGGAGGAUGAUGGAGUCAUCCUGUCCUCAGUCGUGUCAACUAAUCCAGAGAAACCCCCAUUCCUGGUGAUCUUGAAUGCCAAAAACAUGGAGGAGAUUUGUCGUGCAGCAGUGGAUGCCCCUAUUCACAUGGACCUGCAUGGUGUUUUCAUUCCCAGCAAGGAUAGCAACUGACGGGUUUUGAUCUCAUGAGCUGAACAUAAUCUUGUCUUCAAGGCCUUCUAACAGAGCACAUGGAACGCGUCAAAAAAAUAUUUGUUCACUCAACUUAACUCAAUCAAGUCAUCUUAGUGCUUUGACUGAGUUAACUGGAGUAUACUUGUGUAAUAGAAGUACCAUUAAAGGUGCACUGUGUAGAAUAGUGGCCAUAGUAGGUAUUGCAGCUAUGCUGCUUAUUGAAUACUUUUCAUGAAUAUUUACUAAACAAAACAUAUAUUUACUUAUAUGACCAAAGUACAGUAAGUUUUGCAGCUAAAAUGUCUAUUUCUGGAAAUUUUAGAAGGGCGGAACAUGGAGAAGAUCUCCCCUUUCAUGCAAUUUUCCCAAUCAUAAUGAAUACUUCGAAUUUUAUGGUGGUGAUAAGAAUUUAUUUAUAAGCGUAAUGUUUGUGAAUGGGCUGCAUACAUUCUAAAAAAAUAUUACACAGUGCACUUUUAAAGGAAUAUUUUGAGUUUUUUUGCACUCUUAUUACUUUUUUGCAACGAGUUCUCUGAACAUGUCAACAGCAGUUUUCUGCAACAAGUCAACAAGUCUUUUUUACAGUGAAGUGAAGCUUGUCUGUUAGGCCAAGAGUAUUUGCUCAAAAAUAAGCCCAACCCGGAACAAAUUAGUAACAAGCUGGAUUUCUCAGAAUAUGUUCAGAAUACCUUUAGGAACAACAUACUAUAAGUCUCCGGGAAUCCACCUUGUGCUUUCCGAGAAAUUCAAGAUGGCGUCCAAAUUAUAUGAUGAUAUAGUGUUAAUGCAAUAACUUCUGAACGGGUGAAUGGAUUGUCACAAAAUUUGGUGUGCUAACACUUUGUAAUUACUAAGUGAUGUGAUUUAAUUUUUGGAGGCCAUCACUUUCAAGAUGGCCGAUAUUCAAGAUGGCCGACAUUUGACAUCCGUGUAGCAUGCUACAAUGCUACACGGAUCCAUUGACUUUCACUAGCUUAGCGACAUGCUCCCUCUUUUAACUUGUCUUAAAGCAAGACAACGGCUUACAUGAAAAAUAAGACACUUUACCACCUUUAUAAACCCUGGCCAACGAUUUUAACUGUAUUAAGCCCCAAAAUAGUGGCAUACCCCUUUAAGCACCGCUGCCCCUCGAACUUCGACUACUGGGACGAGACCAACAACGGCCGGUCCGUCCACAUCCAUCCCACGCGCACCGAACAGACCGUUGCUGCCGCCUAGGGCACCAAAAGCCCCCAGAACUAAAGGUCGUCUGGGCUCGACCGUGCACCCUCCGCCCUACUCCGUUUCCGCACCGAGCCGUGACUCGCCAGACGCGACGUCAGACAGUUCAGACGUACUGACCUUCGAACUGGGUAGCCAACCGAUCCCCGCCAUCUUGAAUUUUUCAGAGAACCCAAGGGGGAAUCCUGGGGACUUUUGAUUCCUAAGGGUAUUCUAAACAUAUCCUGAAAUGUUCAGCUUGUUACUAAUUUGUUCCGGGUGAAACUCUAAUACUCUUGGCCUAUGUUAUUCCAUGAUUAUUCAUAUCUCAGGAAAACUGUCCCAGGCUGACAUUGAGUAUACUGUGAAUAAAUAUGAAUAUACGUACAUGCAUUCCAGAAUAAUACAUUAAUACAAACUAAAUGAAAUGUUUUAAUAAUUAUUAUAACGUACUGUAAGAUAACAUUUGAAGUUUUUUAUUGUAUUGUUUUUAUUUGUAAUUCCAUCUAACUUUUAUACAAUUUAUAUGUUUGAUUGUAUGUUGUGUGUUUAAUUAAAAAAGCUUUAACCAUCCCUGUGUAUUCUGGCUACCGUGUUUUAAAUUUGAAAUUCUAAUGAAAAUAACAUAAU